AUGGACGACAACCAGGAAUCUCUCAAAGAAAACUACAGAUUUCGGUGCCACGUUGGCCUAUUCUGUGAAACGAUAAGAAUAGCCGUUGAAGAGAUGAGAGAAAUUGAAGAAGUUCUCCUGUUUUUGAAAGAUUUGGGCAGAAAACAUAGGAUGUAUGGUGCGACACCUACAUAUAUUAAGACAGCGGGAGAAGGAAUAGUGUAUGCAAUAGACAGAAAAUUGGGUAACGAAUUCACUCGGUCAAUGAAAACAUCUUGGAAAAAAUUCUUUACAAUAUUACAAGAUUCAAUAUUAGAAGGUUUAGAAUUUGGAUAA